AUGGCUUGUCAUGAAACCAGUUUUGUUGAGGUGGUGGAGAAAAUACGGGCCCCACCUAACUCCUUGCUGGAGUGGUCGGCGGAGCAGGCAAUCGAGCAACUGUCUGUCCGCCGCAGUGAUCCCGAGGCGUGUCUGGCCGCGAUUGAGGACGCGGCGCAGCAGCCGGACAGGGUGCAACCGGACAGUGACCUCCAGAUCCUAGUGGCUAAUGUCACCAGCUGGAGGAAAGAGGUCAGCACCUGGAUGGUUAAGGACCAGCCUGAUGUUAUCAUGCUGCAGGAAACUCAUGUUACGGAGAAACAACAAGGAGACAUGAUGACAGUAGCGUACAAGGCAGGGUACUCGGCGUGGAGCCUCCCAGCCCAUCCCACCAAGGGGGGUCACAACAUGGGGGGCCUUUUGCUGGCCACUCGCAAGGAUCGGAACUUCUGGCUUAUGCGGUCCUAUGGCUUUGAAGGCAAAGGCUACCUGGCAGUCACCGGCAGAGCCGGCGGCAGGGAUGUGGUCCUUGUCACUGUUUACUUGGAAACGGGUAUGGGGCUUCAUGGCGGCCACAAUCCGACCCUACUGGGGGAUUUGAUGGCGUUCCUCAAGGGCCUUACGGUUCCUUGGUUGGUGCUGGGUGAUUUCAACAUCCCCGUGGAGGAAAUGGACAGCACCUCAAUCCUCACGGAAGUCCAGGGAGCAGUGGUCUGCACUGGUAAUGCAACCACGUUGCAGGGUGGAGAGCUUGAUUACGGCUGGGUUAGCAGAGCCCUGCAAGACAGCGUUUCUGUCCGAGAGGACUGGGAGGUGCCGUUCAGGCCGCAUUGUGCUCUCAAAGUGGCCCUGCAGGUUGGUGAUUUCCGCGCCCAUGUACUUCAGGCGACGUAUUUCCAGCGGCAGGUGGAUCCCCACCCCAUGCCCUUUGAGACGACCCAAGGGCACCGGGAUCCCGCCUUGUUGUUGGAGCCGCAGUGCACGAAGGAGGUCACCACUUCUUUCGCGGAUUUCACGGUCAGGGUGGAGGCCAGCCUUCACCCCAAUUGCAAGGGAGGCCGGGGCCUAGAAGUCACGGCCAAGGUCGGGCCCAUCAUGCCACCAAAGCCCACUGGCUAUGUGUGGACAGGAGGACCCGCCAAGUAUUGGGGGCGCCUGGCAGUCUUACACAAAAAGGGGGUCAAACAAGGACUCAGCAUGAAGGCCAGGCAGAUUCUGCAGCACCAUUUGCAACAAGUGCAAGAACAGUGGGGCGAACUAGCAGGCUACACCUUGGAGUAUGCUGCAGCUGAACUUGUGUCGCAAUGUGGGUUGCCGGGGCCCCACAGUACACGGGUGAGUGGCAUCAUUGAGGCCCAGCGUAAGCACCACUUGCACUUGCAUCACAGCUUUGGGGCUGCGCAAUACCAACAGUGGCUGGAAGGUGCCUCGCAAGGGGGGCUCCGGCCCCUUUUUCGAAACCUCAGUAAACAUGAGGCCCAUGUGACCAGGCCCUACACGGACCUGGCUCUGGAGAUUCGGCCACACGCCAGGCGAAAGCACUGGGCGGCACUUUGGAGGCCAGGGGGAGACAGCCCCACCCAAGGCACGGAGGCAAGGGCAGCGUUGCAGCGAGCAGCGCGGUUGCAGGCCCAGCAGCUUGAGGCAAUCACGCCGGAGAAACUUUCCAAAGCUUUUGCCAAGCUGCCGGCCAAGGCCCCAGGGCCGGAUGGGUGGAGCUAUGAAAUGUUGAAGGCUAUGCCGGAGGAGGCGUGCGCCGAACUGGCGGACCACCUGCGAAGGUGGGAAGUUGAAGCCUCCUUUCCUCAGCACAUAGACCUGACGCAGUACGCCAUGCUGGCAAAAAGCCAGGAGGCUGAGCGACCGAUAGGGUUGACCCACGUUCUGCACCGGGUUUUCUGCAAGAUGAGAUGGGACCUGAUUAGGGAGUGGGAAAAGGAUUACGGCCCUCAGUCUCCCUGGAACCAGGCCAAGGCGGGUAACAGCUCCCUAGAUACGGCCCUCCGCCGAGUAUUGAGAGCUGAGCUCAGUAAGAGGGAGGGCCAGGCCACCAUCACCUUGCUGCUGGACCUGACUUCCUUCUAUGAGACGGUGCCUCACCAGGUCCUUCUGCUGAAAGGGGUGGAACACCACUUCCCGGCUCUCCUCUUGGAGCGGGCGCUGAGUUGUUACGAGGGAUCGCGCUACAUUGAGGCACAAGGGGCUCUCUCCAGGCCUGUUCGGGCCACCCGGGGACUCAUCGCAGGGUGCCCGUUGGCGCCGGCCCUCUCCCGGGUUAUUCUUCAUGACCCGGUUGCCAAGGCAUACCGAAGGCCGACCACCACCAACGUUGAUCUCUGGAUUGACGACUGUUCCGUAGACACGGUCGACAGUCGGGUGGAAAGAGCCGCGGCGGCGGCUUUUGAGUGCUACAAGGAGCUCAAGCAGGACCUUGAGGCUCAGCGGCUCCAAGUUUCCACGACAAAGACCGUCUUUGUGUGUUCCAGUCAUGCUGCGGGGAAGGCCAUCACCGGCCUUGUUGGGCCCGAUGGCCCAAAGGUGGUUGGGGUGGGAAAAGAUCUAGGAUUGGACUCGGCCGCGGGGUCCAGAAGAAGGAUUACCACCGCCAGGGGCAGGCAUCAAAAAGGGGCCCAACGGGCAGCCCAGCUGGAAAGGCUUAAGAUCGGCAAGGUCGGCAUCAAGGUGCGGCUUUACAAAGGCUCAAUCCUAUCUUCGGCCUUGUAUGGUCACGAAGGAGUUGGUGUGGCGCCUAAAAGGCGCAAAUGGUUCAGGGGCCUGCUGGCGCAGGUCUUGGGCAGGCCCAAUAAUGCCAGCGUGAGUGCUACUCUGGAUUUCCAUGGUGACAAGGUUGAAGAUCCUUGGUACACCAUCCUGGCGCAGCACUUCAAGGCGGUCCGCCGCCUUUUGCUUCACUGGCCGGCAGCGGACCGCGCCAGAGUCCAACAAGGAUGGUGCCGCCUGGUGGAGUGGCUCAAGGCAGCAGAGCACCCUUGGAAGCGAGCCUCAGGGCCGCUUGGAGCAUGCUACUGCUAUCUCCGGGAGCUCGGAUGGGAGGCCAUAACGGUCCAGACAUGGCGCAUUGGUGCCAGGAUCUAUGACCUCCUAGAGCCGGCGGACUUUCACGAGAUCCUUUUCCUGGCCAAGCGGUCGGUCAGCGCCAAGAGGCACUCUGAUCUGGCUGCAAUCGAUGGGGGCAAUGGCCUCCACAAUGGCCCAGAUUGGACGGUUCCUCGGAGGCUCCUUAGCAAGGCAAAGGGUCUCAAAGGCGUGGCCCUGAAGGCCAUUUGGCAAGGAGCGGUCAGAGCGUCGCCUCUUGCCACGUGCCAAAGGUGUGGGGUUCCGGCCACCAAGAGGCACGUUCUGUGGGACUGUCAAUGGUGGCAGCAGCACGGUGAGCCGGAACCGGAUUGGUGGCCCUCCAGGGAGGACCAGUCGUACCCGGCCUGCCUAUGGGAUUUUGGCCUCCUCCCGAGGAACCCGUCUUGGCCGGAGUGCCAACACGUGCAAGAUGAGGAGAUCGAACUGCACGGGGUUCUCAAAGAUGGGGGGAGCGUCCCGCCCGGGGUUUUUGCGGCCACGGACGCCACAGGUGGACCCUCAAACGACCCACGCACCCGGGAAGUGGUGUGGGGAAUCGUCUUGUUCACGUGGCAAGAUGGCGCUCCCUCGAGUAUAGGGUCCGCUACGGGACGCCUCAAGAAUGAGCAGAGCGUUUACCGGGGUGAGGCAAGGGCUAUCCAAUUUGCGGCAGAGCAUUUGGAACCCGAAACGGAUGUAACCAGUGACUGCAAAGGCGCAGUACUAAGAAGCCGCAAGGGCACUCAAACUACAGGUCGCCACUCAGACAUCUAUGGGGUCGCACCCACGGAAGGCCUGGACCUCCAUUGGGUACCUUCUCACCUCAAUGCGGACCAAUUUCGGGACAAGCUUGGUCCAGGUCAGGACUGGAGAAGGAUUAUCAAUGAUGAGGUCGACCGGUUGGUUGGUGCGCGUGUGGGGGAGAUAUACUCCAAGCCCCGGGAGAAGGACCUCUUACGUGCCGACCAGUUGGCGGAGUCUGUGGCGCUCUUUCUGGGUAGGCGCAUGGAGGCCCUAAUUGGCUAUGACAAGGACCAGGGCCCUCAGGUUGUCUUUCCAAGGCAACUAAAGGAGGUUGCUUCGGUGGAAUUGACCAGUCAGUCUGCGAGCCGGUCUUCUAUCCGCAAGCGGAAGAAGACCAACGGCGCACAGCCCAGGCCUCGGGCUAAGGACGGCACUGGCAGGGAACCAGCCGCUGAAAUGGACGGUCAGCUGGCAGCUGGCUCGCCAAGGGCCGGCCCAGGUUCGCCCGUUCAGGUGAGUUCGCCAGGAAGUGCACCGCGUGCGGGGCCGAGCCCAGACGACGUAGAGGCCCCAGACCCUGGGACAACCAGCUCCAACCCACAGCCAAGGGCGGGGCAACUUCUGACGGAGGCACACCUUGCACAGGGUGCUGGGAAGGCAGCUGCAGAAGAUCAUCCAGCUGCGAGUCAUCCGCCUGAGCGUAACAAAAAACAAACCCUGCUGGCCUUGGUGGCAGGUGCCAUUAACACCAAGGGGCAUCAUUUCUCGGUCACAGGGGCCCAGACGGGGCAUAACUUCCAAAUCAAGUGUGUCAAGUGUGGCCUGUGGAUUCAGCAGAAUGAUGCCAAGGCCACCUUCGACAGGAAGUGGGGCAACUUUUGCGCAGGCCAUCCUGACAGUUCGCCGGCCCAGGAGUGGGCGUGGCACCCUUCCCACGACAUGAAGAAUGAAGGAAUCAGGUGGCGCUGCGCGCGAUGCUUCAGUGUGCAACCAGUUGGGGGGCUGGCGACCCCAGCUGAAGAGGGGGGAAGCCUAUGGGCAAAGGAAAAGGAAAGCCGGCCAAAGGUGGUGGAGGCAAAGGCGGCCCCGGCCGUGGAAGGGUGGGCGUUCGUCCGGCAGAGCCUCGCACACCCACCCCACCGCGCUCCAGAUAGCGAGAGCUACGAGUACUACUCGGAAGAGGAGGAGGAGCGCAGCCGGUCGCCACGGGCGGUCCUACCAGGAUUGGCGCCCAAGAAGGGGCGGAAAGCUGAGCGUAGCCGGACUCCAACAGGGGACCAGGCCAGAACGGCCCUGGAUGGGGGUGAUGACAAGGCCUGUGAUGUCGAGGCACCCACCAGUCCGGUGGAUCCCAAGGCCGUUUCCUCCUCGGAGUCAGAAGGGCCCACAGAGGCAGCAGCGCCAGCUGGGCCGGUGGAGGAGGGGGGCACGACCCACCCGGAGGCUAAGAAAGAGGAGCCCAAGGCAGAAGUGCAGCCACAGAAGGAGGUAGAGCAUAGCCAGGUGCCGGUCAAAGGCAGAGAGCUUAAGGAGGAGCCCACCGCGAGCCGGGGGCCGGACAAGGGGGAGUCUCCUGAUGUUCUCCCGGUGUGGCCGGUCACCGCAGGUGACCAACCGCUCCAGCUUUACGCGCCGGGCCUCCAGCGGACAAAAAACAAAGAGCACUGGUUAUCCCAGGUGGGGGAGGUUUUCCACCUGAAGGGGUACUUGGGCGACUUCCGCCUCCUUGGGGUAGGGGGCAGCCGAGCAGUGAUGGAGGCCCCGGGUGAUCCCAGCCUCUGCUGGAAGAUCACGGCCUCUGACUUGCCGCCCACGCGCCGUUCUGGCCAUGGGCCGGAGCUGGCGCUAGGGCAGGCCGUGCCCGGAAUAUUCGGGUCGCGCACCCGGAUGGUGGGCCCGGCUGUUCUCCAGAUAGGAUCAUGGGGCUCUUUGGGCACCCUUAUCUUGGAGAUGGAGAAGGUGGCCCCGAUGUACAGAGAACCAAGUUCAUGCCGCAUAUUGCAUAUGGCGGCAGUGCUGCUUGGGAUCAGUUGUGCAGGUAUAACCUGCCGGGAUGUCAAUCGGCACAACUGGGGCAUCCGAAAGACCAGCGAGGACAGCUACUUAGAGGAGUUUGUUUUGGUGGAUGGUGGAGAGUUUGAGCUUCAGCCUGAGCCACCGAUCUUCCCUCCAAAAAGGAAGAUUGAAAGCUGGUGGACCUGGGUAAACCGUACUGAUCCCCAAACAGCUGGGUGGCUGAAGCAGCAAAUAGACAGCCACUAUGCUGACCACCGCCAGCUCGCAAAGAACUUGGUGAACAAGCUCAAUGAGAGCGAGGCUGGACAUUGGGUUGUUGUAGCCCUUUUCCAGCAAAAAGUCCUCCACCUGAAUCCUCGUGGAGAGACGUGCUUGGCCAUGUCCCGCUCCAAUGCAAUCAUCAGCGGGGACUGGACGCUCCUCAGCCUAAGCGACCAGACUCUGGGGGCAGGGACCCACCAGUAG